CGGCGCGAUCGGCCGGGCUGUAACCGUCGUCCGUCCGGUAGCAGCUGGAGCGGCAGCGGCGGCCGGGCACGGCGCGAGGCGACGCCACAGGGCAGCGGCGGCAGCGGGGCCAUCGGCGGCAGCAGGAGACGCAGCGGCGGCCGCAGCAGCAGCAAGACGGACUCGUGGACACGCGCCGCCGCCGCCGCCGGGCCGGGCCGGGUGUCGCGCGCCGAGGCUGGGGGGGAGUCGUCGCCGCCGCCGCCACCGCUACCGCCGCCGCCGCCGCCGCCGAGGUGACUGAGGAGAGAGGCGCCUCCUCGCUCCCGCCGCCGCCAGACUUCAAUGCCCAGUCCCCAGCUCGCCAGCGUUUUUCGUUGGAAUAUACGUUGCACAUUUAUGGCGAUUCUGAGCGUGAGGGCAGACUUCUGCCAGGCUCAGCACAGCGUUUUCGCUGACAAGUGAGCUUGGGGGUUCUAUGUGCCAUAAUUAACAUUGCCUUGAAGACUCUGGACACCGAGACUGGCCUCAGAAAUAGUUGGCUUUUUUUUUUUUUUAUUGCAAGCAUAUUUCUUUUAAUGACUCCAGUAAAAUUAAGCAUCAAGUAAACAAAAGUGGAAAGCAACCUACACUUUUAACUUGUCUCACUAGUGCCUAAAUGUAGUAAAGGCUACUUAAGUUUUGUAUGUAGUUGGAUUUUUUUGGAGUCUGAAGGUAUCCAUCUGCAGACAUUGAGGCCCAAGUUGAAUUUGGAUUCAAGUGGAUUCUAAAUACUUCUGCUUACCUUGAAGAGAGAAGCUUCUUAAAGAAUAAACAAGUUGAAUAGAGAAAACACUGAUCAAUAUUAGGCAUUUUAGUGGUCUUUUUAAUGUUUUCUGCUGUGAAACAUUUCAAGAUUUAUUGAUUUUUUUUUUCAUUUUCCCCAUCACACCCACACACGCACGCUCACACUUUUUAUUUGCCAUAAUGAACCGUCCAGCCCCUGUGGAGAUCUCCUAUGAGAAUAUGCGUUUUCUGAUAACUCACAACCCUACCAAUGCUACCCUCAACAAGUUCACAGAGGAACUUAAGAAGUAUGGAGUGACAACUUUGGUUCGAGUUUGUGAUGCUACAUAUGAUAAAGCUCCAGUUGAAAAAGAAGGAAUCCACGUUCUAGAUUGGCCAUUUGAUGACGGAGCACCACCCCCUAAUCAGAUAGUAGACGAUUGGCUAAACCUGUUAAAAACCAAAUUUCGUGAAGAGCCAGGUUGCUGUGUUGCAGUGCAUUGUGUUGCAGGAUUGGGAAGGGCACCUGUGCUGGUUGCACUUGCUUUGAUUGAAUGUGGAAUGAAGUAUGAAGAUGCAGUUCAGUUUAUAAGACAAAAAAGAAGGGGAGCAUUCAAUUCCAAACAGCUGCUUUACCUGGAGAAAUACCGACCUAAGAUGCGAUUGCGCGUCAGAGACACCAAUGGGCACUGCUGUGUUCAGUAGAAAGAAGUGUAAACGAAGGCUGACUUGAUUGUACAUUUAGAGGGAACUCUUGGUACCUGGAAAUGUGAAUCUGGAAUCUUUAACUGUGUCACCAAAGUAGUGAUGGAUUCAGUACUCCUCAACCACUUUCCUAAUGAUUGGAAAAAAGCAAACAAAAAAGAAAUCCCUCUAUAACAUGAAUAAAAUGUUUAAGAAAAGAAAAAGAGAAAGAAAAAAGGGAUUAAUUCAGUGAAGGAUGAUUUUGCUCCUAAUUGUUGGAGUUUGAAUUUCUGCCAGGAUUGAAUUAUAUCAAAAUCUCCUGUCUUUUUUAACUUUUCAAAAUAGGUCUCUGAGGAAAACCAGCAGAACAUUAGCCUGUGCAGAACCAUCUGUUUGGGGAGCACACUUUUCCAUUAUGCUUGGCACAUAGAUCUCCCUAUUGUGGGAUUUCUUUUCUUUUCUUUUCCUUUCCUUUGUUUUCUUUUGUCUUUUCCUUUCCUUUGUUUUCUUUUUUCUUUUCAUUUCUUUUUCUUUUCUUUUCUUUUCUUUCUUUCAGUGGUGGUGGGUGAUAUUUUCCCCCUCUGCUCUUCUUUCCCCCUUCCCUCUUUUUUCCCCUAAUACAUGUUGUAGAUGGAAUAGGAGAAGCUCUUGUUGCUGUAGGUGUGUGUGCAGUCUGGCAGCCUUAAGCCCACCUGGGCACUUUUAGAAAAAACAACAAAACAAAAAAAACAAAAAACACCCAAAAAAAAAAAAAAAAAAAAAGCAGUGGCAUAUAUAUUAUAUGAUCCAGGUGGUUUUUAGUCUUUACUGAUGAUGGGGUGUUCAUGUUAGUUUCUUCUUGAAAACCCUAUUCAGCAUUAGGCAAAGUAGCCAAGAGCCUUUUGUUUUGGUUUUUAUUUCGGUAAAUUAGUGGGGAAAUGGCAUUUUAAGAAUAGUCUUUCUUCUCAAAGAACUUAGCUGAGAGUCGAAUUCUCUUUUCCAACCAAUGAAGCUAAGUGGGUAUCCCAGAAACUUCUGUUUUCUGAAGGGGAGCACUCCAGGCCAUCACUAAAGAAGUGUCCAGGCAGAGAGUUAGCACACUUUCUAGAAUUGUGGGUUUGUAGCAUUACUCUGAUUUUCUGUCUGAUGAUGUCAGAGAAUGCUGGUAGUUUAAAAUUUUUAUUUAGGACUUGUACUAUGAAUUUUCAGGAACGGUGAAAGGAAUAACAGCAAAGAUAGGAUAUUUUGGACUUGAGAAAUGCCUGUGAUUUGUAUUUUCCAAACUGCCCCAUUAUGUACAGUUCAGUUUAACCACUGAUUGCCUUGUUAUUUUCUUACUAGGUUCUUUAUGAGAUUAAAAAAAAAAAAAUUUGCUGGUUCUAAACCAACAAUGCCUAGUGAGUAUGUGUCCACAGGCCAUACAGGGUAGAAGAGAGACAUAAAGCAACCCAAUGAGUAGCAAAGAGACUGUUGUUAAUGAAAUGGUGUACUGUUACUUUUGCGGAUUCUCUGCCAGGUUCAAUGUGCUGAUCUAGAGAAGCUGUUCUGCUCCUUCGCAGAAGGCAGUUGUGACCGGGCUGCAUUGACAAAGCAAGUUGAAGGAGACCAUCAGGGGCUCUUGCACUCUACAUCUAAAUAUUAAUAGUGCUCCGCUUCUAAGGAUUUGAAUAAAGGCUUAGGGUCAUCUUGUCUUGCUGGGAUUUGCUAUGCAGAGUCAUAAACUUCCCAUUUUUUUAGGAUCAGCUAGGCCAGUAGGAAUGGACUGGGACCUUGUCUCACACUGAUGAUACCUCAGACGUUGGCUGGCUAUGUGAACUGCCUAUUUCCUAUGCCGGAGUUGUUUUGAUUUUUAACUAAAUAAAUAUCUAGAUUCUCUCCUCUCCCAUCCCAGAAAACAAAACAAAAUAAUGCUUUUUGAAACUGUUUCUAGAAAUUUAAAGUGAAAAAUGAUGGUACUCUCCAAAAUUCUUUCAGAACAUGACAAUAGAUUCCUUUAACAUAGGUUCAAGAUCGAAACAGCAUACCCUCUAAACUCAGACUGUCUAUUGACUUCAAGGGUUUUGAUCAAUACAGUAACAAACUUUUUCCCUUUGACAUGCUCUGAUUUUUGUUUGUGGGAAGUGUGUGUGUAUGUGUGUGUAUGUGUGUGCAGUAUCAGUGCCUGCCUGAGAUAGGGAAAUUACAUUCCUGGUUCCGUAUGAGGAGAAGGGUGUAUAAAGCGACACGAAACGUUAUCCCUCGUUUUGUUUUAAAUUACAUACUAAUGUUAAUUGUUCUCAGAACUGGAUUUUCUUCCUCAAAAUUAAAAGUUUUUUUUCUUUUGGAUUUAAUGAAGUAUUGCUAGCUGAAGCCAGUUUGACAUGGUGAGAGAGAUGUCAGACUGAUGAAAGGUGUGCAGCCUGAUUUAAAACCAAACCCUGAACCCUUUUAAAGAACAAUAAAACUUAUUUU